AUGGAUUGUAACGCAGAUAUAGAUGAGUGCAAACAAAAUAUAUGUGGAUUGAAUGGGACUUGCUCAAACACUACUGGUUCAUACUUUUGUCAUUGUAAUGAUGGAGUCACUGGACAGAAGUGUGACCAAGAUUUUGAGGAAUGUGAAAACGAAACCUGUCAGAAUGGUGGUUAUUGCAUAAACUUGGUCAGAGGAAAUGAUUGUGUUUGUACCUCUGGAUAUAACGGUACAAACUGUGAACUGGAUAUAAAUGAGUGCACUGUUGGUGGAUGUGCUAACAAUGGAACAUGUAUAAACAACAACGGCUCUUUUGAAUGUCAUUGCACAAAAUUCUUCAGGGGAGAAUACUGUGAAGAAGAUAUAAAUGAAUGUGUUGAGAAUCCGGGAAUUUGUCUAAACGGGGGAACAUGUGAAAAUCUUUUAGGCAGUUUCACAUGUCACUGCACAAAGGGCUACAAGGGUACACAUUGUGACGAAGAUGUAAAUGAGUGUCUUCAAACCCCUGGGAUAUGUAACAAUGGUGACUGCUACAAUUUUUAUGGUGGUUUUCGUUGUUCUUGCCACGAUGGCUACACUGGACCACUCUGUGAUAUGGAUAUUGAUGAGUGUCUGUUGAAGCCAUGCAAAAAUAACGGAUCUUGUGUUAGUACACCAGGGUCAUUCUACUGUAAUUGUGUGAACGACUGGGAUGGACCACUCUGUGAAAAGGAUCUUUGUAAAACAGAAGCAACGAAACUAAUCUUCGUGGUGGAUACUUCCUACAGCUCUCAAGGUGUAACAUUCAAAAAACAGCUUCAAUACAUUACAGACGUUGUUUCACAAAUCACCAUCUCAGAAAAGAAAUAUGAAAUUGCAGUCAUUUCUUACGGUUCAACGGCCACAGUAGCCAUAAAUUUGGACUCGUACGAAAACAAAACGGACCUUUUAAAUCAAAUCAACAACCUCACUUUCGUCAACGGCCCAACAAAUAUUGAACCUGCAUGUGUCAAAAUCAAAAGUGUUAUGUCUUUAACUCCCGGGGACUUCCAGUUUGUAUUUUUCUUCACCGAUGGAAUGCCUACGAAUUUGGGUUCUGCUAGACGUUCUAUUCAAGACUUGAGGGUUUAUCUUAAAUUAGCUCACUCUUCAAAUGAAAUAUUUCUUGUGGCGUUUGGGGAUGAUGUCCGACAUGCUGGAUUUAAAGAACUGUCUGGAGAUCACAGAAGUCAUGAUGUUUAUUCCAGCAUUAAUUUUGAACCAUUGUAUCGUGUUUUCCAUAAAACUGUCAACUUCAAGUGUUCCGCUUGUGAAGUAAGAGAAGAUAUAGAUUUAAUUUUUGCAUUGGAUACAUCGACAGUUCAAUCACCGACUAUUUACGCAGCCAGCCUAGGUAUUUUCCUACAACUUCUUCGAUCUACAAGUGAAUUCUUAACCCUGGGUUCCAAGCAAUUACAACUAGGCGCCAUUCACUAUUCUAACAAAGCUUCGUUCUUUCUUCCUUUGAAUUUUACACAUAAUUUAGAUAUUUUUGCCAGUACCUUCCAAGCUUCCAAACAAGAUCGUCACAAUAGUACAUCAAACUUAUUCAACGCUCUUCAGUUUAUUCAGGAAGAAAUAAUUUCGGGCAAGCAUGGAGCUCGAGAUGUCUCUUUGAAAUAUAUUGUUUUCGUCCAUAAUGGAUUUGAUACUAAGUUAACAGAUUGUAUUCGUGUAGUUGAAGAUUUGACAAACAAAGGUGUAACACUGAUCUCAAUUGGUGUUGGGGCGAAUUACAAAUAUGAACAGGUAUUGGGAACGGCUUCUAGUGCUUUCCAUGCUUAUUUUGCGGAUCAGGAUCCAUCAUCAAAUCAGUGGACUUUACAAAAUAUUGAAAUCGACUUCAUUAAAAAAUUAAGUCGACUAGAGUGCACAAAAAGAAUUAGCUCAUGCUUUAGUAUACGAUCUUUAAUGUUUUCCUCCUUCCAACAGAACAUUCGGGAGCUCAGACGAUCCCCUUUCUUUAACAAGGGAUUGCCUUUAAUGCUAUUUGUAUUGACAGGUGCAGCAAUAUUAGUUCAGACACAAAAACUAGUAUACAGAAAAAGAGACAGAAAGAAAUCUUCACUUCUGUCAGACAGAGAAACCAAGAAAUUUUUUGAUGAAAUUGGUGAUGUUAAAACAUUACAGGAACUUCAAAAAGAGACCCAGAAAUAUGGUCAGCUAGAUAAAUGGUCGAAUUUCCGAGGGCCUCGGCCCGAUGAUGAUAACUCCAUGAAAACCUUCAUGAAGAUCAAAGAGGAGGGAGACAGAGAAAUCGCAGCCAAAAACAAACGAUUAAGGAGCAGUGAGGACUACAAAAAACAACAGGAAAAUAAAAGAAAAUUUUAUGAAACAAUUCAACAUCAGCAGGAUAUUGCGAUGAAAAAUAAGUGAAUUUAAGAUUCUUUUACUGUGAUUGUUAUAUGGUAUUUUUAAGUGAAAGAUUGUGUGGAACAAAGCUUCAUUAACUUUGGCUAUGUUCCCAGAAAUGUGUUUUCAAUUAAAAGAUCCAUUAUGUGUGUGUGUGAAAGAUAUUUGAAAACAUUAAAUGGAUGUAUGUAAUAUUUUUUAUAUAAGGUUAAGAAACAAAUUUAAAUAAAAUUGUUUUUUGUUGAAACUAUUUGUAGUUUAAGAUUUAUUUCAAAAUUAUAUCACAAGGAUUGAAAAUAUAUUGCAGUAUUGUCUGCUAUUAUGGUAAUGGAUUACAACCAUGUAUUAGACACAAAUAAACUUUUAUUCUGAGUGAAAUAUCGAGACCCAAGAAAAUACUAGUACCGUAUAGCGGGUUAUUUUAGCGGGGUGCUAAUUUUGGCGUUUUGAUAGUCGCUAAAAUAUUUAGUAAUCUUAGUGUUCGUCUGCAAAGAGUGGAAACCCCUGUCCGCUAAAAUAAAUUACGCCAAAAUUAUUGGUAUACAUUUGAGCAGACAAAACGGCAAAUUUUACACCCGCCAAGAAAACCCGCUGUACGGUGUCUGAAAAAGUCAAAUUCAUGGGGAUUGGAAUCGUAAAAAAAAUCCUAUUAGUUUAUAACUUUGUUUAUUAUAACUUUUGUAUUGAAAAAAAAUGUUAGAAGCUCACAUUUGACAUAGAGGUCACUUAUUAAUAAUUUUCUUUUGAUUUACCUUGAAGUUGAUACAGAUCAUUUUUUAUGCAGGGAAAAUGCGUCAGUGCCCUGAAUUAUGUGCUGGUCAAUAAAGUAAAUACACUGUAUAACUUUUAUGAUACAUGUUCAUGUACUGAUCAAUAGAAAUAAAUGCAAUUUUUGAAA